AUGGUGAAGGACUGCCCACAGCCAAGGAUAACUUGUAGCAACUGUGGGAAGUUAGGGCACGUUACAAAUGAGUGCUGGGCUGCCAAGAGGGGUGGUAGUGCAAGUGUAGCUCAGAGGCCGGAAUCAAGAGGAAGUAUGGGGCCAAGCAAGGGGCAGAAGCUGAGCAUCCCCGGGAGAGUCUUUGCUAUGAAAUUACCGUGUAAUGUUGUGGUGACUACCUCUACGGGUAAGCCAGUUGUGAUGUCAUGGGUAUGCUUGGGGUGUUCGAUAAUGGUACAUGGUAGGGAGUUUGAGGUGGACUUAAUUUGUUUAUCUUUUUUGCAAUUGGAUGUAAUUCUGGGAAUUGAUUGGCUUGCUGCCAACCAUGUGUUGCUGGACUAUAAGGAGAAGACUUUGAUCUUCGGUGAGACAAUGACAAAGGUUCCAAGGCUUUUGAGCCAGGGAGCGUGGGAGAACAUGGUAAACGCCAAGGCUUUCAUGGUUGUGUUCUCAAUGGAAACCGAAAGCGUGGUGGAGCCGGAGUAUAUUCUGGUGGAAAGGGAUUUCUUGGAGGUUUUUCCCGAGGAUAUUUCUGAGCUACCGCCUGAGAAGGAGAUAGAGUUUGCUAUUGACCUCAUUCCGGGAGCAAGCCCAAUUUCUGUGGUGCCUUACAGGAUGUCACCAGUGGAUUUGGCAGAGGUCAAGAAGCAAGUAGAAGACCUAUUGUAA